AUUUGACACUAUUGGCGACUUACUUAGCAACAGUGGCAUUGGAUAUACCGAAAGGAAGGGAGAAAAUAUCGAGAAGGAAUAGAAUUUUAAUAUUAUCAAUGAUGCGACUUCACAAACUGUACCAUCGCCUCACUCUUCUUCCCUUUUCUCCGUUAUCGCUCCCAUCGACUCCUUCUCUUCUCCCUCUUGCUCCUCCCCUGCGCCUCACGCUCCGUCACGGAACCGCCGCAAACUUCACUUUCAUGGCUACGUCGCGGUUGCGCAAUUUAGCACCUAUCGCUGCUGCGUCGUCUGAAGACGGCGCUGGCAGUGCUUCCAAUGGCUCUGUCUCUUCCUCUGCUACCGCCGCUACUUCCUUUGAUUACGAAGAUGAGUCAACUUCAGGAGUAAGUUAUCGUGUUCCGCCACCUGAGAUCAAGGAUAUUGUUGAUGCUCCACCUGUUCCUGCAUUAUCAUUUUCACCACUUAGGGACAAAAUUAUUUUUCUCAAGCGAAGAGCUUUACCUCCACUAGCAGAAUUAGCAAGGCCAGAGGAAAAGUUGGCUGGUAUACGUAUUGAUGGAAAGUGCAAUACUAGGAGUCGUAUGUCAUUCUACACUGGUAUAGGGAUCCAUCAAAUUCUUCCUGAUGGUAAAUUAGGGCCAGAGAUUGAGGUGCAUGGUUUCCCUGGUGGUGCCAAGAUAAAUUUUGUUACUUGGUCUCCUGAUGGUUGCCAUUUAUCCUUCAGCAUUCGUGUGAAUGACGAGGACAAUGAUAGUGGUAAACUCACAAUAUGGAUUGCAGAUGUGGAAACAGGGCAAGCUAGACCUUUGUUUCAGUCACCUAAUGUACAUUUGAACACAGUUUUUGACAACUAUGUUUGGGUAAAUAACAUCUCACUAUUAGUUUGCACCAUUCCAUUAUCUCGUGGAGCUCCACCAAAGAAACCUUUUGUUCCUGGUGGCCCAAAGAUUCAAUCUAAUGAGGAAAAAAACAUUAUUCAAGUUAGAACAUUCCAGGAUUUGCUGAAGGAUGAAUAUGAUGAAGAUUUGUUUGACUACUAUGCCACCUCACAGCUUGUUUUAGCUUCUUUGGAUGGUACUGCAAAGGAAAUUGGCCCACCAGCUGUUUAUACAUCUAUGGACCCUUCCCCAGAUCGGAAGUACGUUUUGAUUAGUUCAAUUCACAGGCCAUAUUCUUUCAUUGUACCUUGCGGAAGAUUUCCAAAGAAGGUAGAGUUAUGGAGUGCUGAUGGAAAAUUCAUCAGGGAGCUCUGUGACUUACCCCUCGCGGAGGACAUUCCAAUUACAUUCAACAGUGUGCGAAAAGGGAUGCGCUCCAUUAAUUGGAGAGCUGAUAAGCCAUCAACACUUUACUGGGUAGAAACUCAAGAUGGAGGUGAUGCAAAGGUGGAAAAUUCUCCUCGUGAUAUAAUUUAUACACAGCCUGCUGAACCACUGGAAGGUGAACAGCCAACAAUAUUUCACAAGCUUGAUCUCCGCUAUGGAGGGAUUUCUUGGUGUGAUGAUUCUCUAGCAUUGGUAUAUGAAUCUUGGUACAAAACACGGAAAAUAAGAACAUGGGUAGUCUCUCCUGGACUUGAAGAUGUGACUCCACGCAUCCUAUUUGAUCGAUCUUCAGAAGAUGUGUACUCUGAUCCUGGCUCUCCUAUGAUGCGGAGAACUCAAGAUGGGACAUAUAUUAUUGCCAGGAUAAAGAAGGAAAGUGAUGAAGAAAGAUAUAUCAUACUGAAUGGAAUUGGUGCUACUCCAGAAGGGAACAUCCCAUUCCUUGAUCUGUUUGACAUAAAUACAGGUAAUAAGGAGCGAAUAUGGGAGAGCAAUAAGGAAAAGUAUUAUGAGACUGUUGUUGCUCUAAUGUCUGAUAAAGAAGAAGGGGAUUUGCAUUUAGAUAAGCUGAAAUUACUGAAUUCAAAGGAAUCAAAAACUGAAAACACCCAAUAUUACUUUGUUAGCUGGCCAGAUAAAAAAAUAGUUCAGAUUACAGAUUUCCCUCAUCCAUAUCCUCAGCUUGCAUCAUUGCAGAAAGAGAUGAUAAGGUAUCAAAGAAAAGAUGGGGUUCAACUUACUGCUACAUUAUACCUGCCACCGGGUUACAAUCCAUCAAUAGAUGGUCCUUUGCCAUGUCUGGUUUGGUCUUACCCAGGAGAAUUUAAGAGCAAAGAUGCUGCUGGACAAGUUCGUGGUUCUCCAAAUGAAUUUGCUGGGAUAGGACCCACAUCAGCCCUUCUUUGGUUGGCUAGGAGGUUUGCAAUUCUAUCUGGGCCUACCAUUCCUAUUAUUGGUGAGGGUGAUGAAGAGGCAAAUGAUAGGUAUGUAGAGCAAUUAGUUGCAAGUGCAGAGGCUGCUGUGGAUGAAGUUAUCCGGCGUGGGGUAGCCCAUCCAAAGAAAAUAGCUGUUGGUGGGCAUUCCUAUGGUGCAUUCAUGACUGCCAACCUCCUGGCACAUGCACCUCAUCUUUUCUGCUGUGGAAUUGCCCGGUCUGGUGCUUACAACAGAACGCUUACACCUUUUGGUUUCCAGAAUGAAGACAGAACUCUUUGGGAGGCGACUAAUACUUAUGUAGAGAUGAGUCCUUUUAUUUCAGCUAAUAAAAUUAAGAAGCCCAUCUUGCUUAUCCAUGGGGAAGAGGAUAAUAAUCCAGGAACAUUAACUAUGCAGUCAGACAGGUUUUUCAAUGCUCUGAAAGGUCAUGGUGCUCUUUGUCGGCUAGUGAUUUUGCCUCAUGAGAGUCACGGUUAUAGUGCCAGAGAAAGCAUCAUGCAUGUCCUUUGGGAAACAGAUAGAUGGCUGCAUAAAUACUGUGUGUCAAACGGUUCUGAUGCUGGAGAAGAUCAUGCUUCUGGCACAGUCAAAGAAUAUGCUGGCCAAGGAACUACAGAUGCUGAAAGCAAAGUGGUUGCAACUAGUGGAGGUGGCAGCGGAGAGGUGUCUGAAUUUGAGUUUGAAGAAUUUCAUUCUCUGCCAAGGUCAUCCUUGUGAAGAAUUAUCUGAUCUUUGACUGCCAAGAGCUAGAAUAAAAGCAUUCAAAUGAUGCAUGUGGAAGACAGCAGCAAUAUGCCCUUCACUGUGAGAAUAGAACACGUUCAAGUUGACGAGGAUUACUUAUACCGCAAGUGUUGGAUAUCAAAUGCACUCCAUGAUGUCAAAGAGACCUUUAAAAACUAUUAUAGCAAUAAUUGCAUUCCUGGGUGCGGUGGCAAGUUGCCAAAAUAUGGUCAUGAACCAGGACGAUUCAUCUAUUGCACGUGCUUUCAGAAGGGUCCUCAGCGGCUAAGCUGAGUUAUUUGGCAAAGCAAUUUAAUUAUUUGAGGAAUAACCAAACUACUACUUAUUCUACCUAUGCAGUUUGGGCUUGCUUCUGAUCUUGCCUUCCUAAUUGUGGAGUUGUGAUUCUUUUAACUGCAUCUGCAAUUGUAUUCUGACGGCGGAUCUAGAAGCUUGGCAUGAUAUUUGACUACAAUAAACGCUGCAUAUUUUUGCGGGGCAAGUCUGACAAAUUCAACAUUUUCCCAUAAAACUUGAGAAAUUAGGCUUGAUAAAUAUAACUUUAUGACGCGCCUACAGAAAUCUCUUAUAAAAGUGCUGAUUUGAAUUUUCUUGAUCGUGGAAUAUUUGGUUUAAAAUAUUUAAGGUCAUUUUUGUUU